AGAAAGGAAAAAAGAUUGAACAGGUCAGCACACUGUCAUUGUUUCGCUAUGCAGAUGGUGGUGAUAAAUUGUUGAUGGUGCUGGGUAGUGUUGCUGCCAUAAUUCAUGGAACUGCCCUGCCACUCAUGGUCAUAGUGUUUGGGGAGAUGACAGACAGCUUUGUUCAUGAUGGACUUAUGAAAAAUAUAACAGCAAAUUCAACGCUGAAUGUAACUGGUGAUUUUACCGAAACAUUGGAGGAGCAAAUGACGAGAUUUUCCUAUUACUAUUCAGGAAUAGGGGGAGGUGCUUUAAUUGCAGCCUUUAUGCAGAUUUCCUUCUGGUCACUGGCAGCAGCAAGGCAGAUAAAGAAAAUAAGAAUUGAAUUAUUUCAUGCUGUGUUGCGUCAAGAAAUUGGAUGGUUUGAUGUCAGUGAGGUCGGUGAAAUCAACACCCGUCUAACUGAUGAUAUUUCGAAAAUAAAUGAUGGUAUUGGUGAUAAAAUAGGCAUUCUCAUACAGUCACUGUCCUCCUUUGUAGCUGGGUUUGUGGUUGGCUUUAUAAAAGGAUGGAAGUUGGCAUUGGUGAUUCUGGCUGUGAGCCCCGUUCUGGGAAUCUGUGCCGCAAUCUGGGCUAAGAUACUGACCUCGUUCACAAAACAAGAGCAAAGUGCCUAUGCAAAGGCUGGAGCUGUGGCAGAGGAGGCAUUAUCAUCCAUCAGAACUGUGGUAGCUUUUGGAGGACAAAAUAAAGAAGUUGAUAGGUACCUAAAAAAUUUAAUUGAAGGCCAAAAGCUUGGAAUCAAAAAGGCCAUCAGCAGCAAUUUAGCAAUAGGUUUCACCUUCUUAAUAAUCUAUGGCUCCUAUGCUUUGGCCUUCUGGUAUGGAAGUACCCUUGUUUUGGAUGAGGACUAUACAAUUGGAACAGUGCUUACAGUAUUCUUCGCAGUCUUAAUUGGUGCAUUUUCCAUUGGUCAAUCAUCACCGCACAUUGAAGCAUUUGCCAGUGCAAGGGGAGCAGCGCAUGUGGUCUAUCACAUCAUGGACCAGGUACCAUCAAUUGAUAGUUUUUCGGAAAGUGGACACAGACUCAGUCAAAUUAAAGGAGAUGUCGAAUUUUCAAAUGUGUAUUUCAAAUAUCCAUCACGACCUGAUGUUAAGAUAUUGAAGGGUCUGAACUUGAAGUUACAAAGUGGCCAAACAGUUGCACUGGUUGGCAACAGUGGCUGUGGAAAGAGCACCACCAUUCAGCUUCUGCAGAGAUUAUACGAUCCUGAAGAUGGAAUGAUAAUGCUCGAUGGACAUGAUAUUCGGUCCUUGAAUGUUAGGCAUCUCAGAGAAUUUAUUGGAGUUGUGAGCCAGGAGCCCAUCCUCUUUGCCACCACAAUAACUGAUAACAUUCGCUAUGGCUGUGAAGAUGUCAGCAUGACUGACAUUGAAGAGGCUACCAAGGAAGCUAAUGCAUAUGAAUUCAUUAUGAAAUUGCCAGAUAAAUUCAAUACAUUAGUUGGAGAAAGAGGCACUCAGCUCAGUGGAGGUCAGAAGCAAAGAAUUGCCAUUGCACGUGCACUGGUUCGCAAUCCCAAAAUCCUGCUGCUGGAUGAAGCGACGUCUGCAUUAGAUGCUGAGAGUGAAGCUGCAGUCCAGGUUGCACUUGACAAGGUACGACAAGGCCGCACCACAAUAGUAAUUGCUCAUCGCCUGUCAACUGUUCAAAAUGCAGACGUCAUUGCAGGAUUGGAAGACGGUGUAAUUGCAGAGCUGGGAACCCAUGAACAACUGAUGGAAACAAAGGGGAUCUAUUACAACUUGGUCACCACACAGACUUUUAAGCGUGAAAAUGAAGAUCAAGAGAGAAAUGAUGAUAAAACAGAAGCAAAAAGCACCAAAAAGAUACUACCUGGACAGCCCAAGCAAGGUAGUGUAAAAAAGGCAGAAAUAGCCGAGAAGACAGAUGCAAGUGAGGAUGCACAGGAUGAGGAUCUACCCAACGUGUCCUUUUUUAGGGUCCUCAAGAUGAACAAAAAGGAAUGGCCUUAUCUAUUAAUAGGAACUUUCUGUGCCGUUAUAAAUGGGAUCGUGCAGCCUGCCUUUGCCAUAAUUUUUUCAGAGAUUAUCGGGGUUUUUGCGAACACAGACAAGAAUGUUGUACGUCGUCAGGCUACGUUGUAUUCCCUACUUUUCUUAGCAAUAGGAGGUAUCUCCUUUGUUACUUUUUUUAUUCAGGGAUUCACAUUUGGUAAGUCUGGUGAGACACUGACUCUGAGGCUACGAUCCAUGGCCUUUAAGGCGAUGAUGCGACAGGAUAUUAGCUGGUAUGAUGAUUCGAAAAACAGUACCGGAGCGUUAACGACCAGACUUGCAAAUGAUGCAUCUCAAGUUAAGGGGGCUACCGGUGCCAGACUUGCUACGGUUGCACAGAAUGUAUCUAAUCUUGGAUGUGCCAUUAUUAUUUCCUUCAUCUAUGGCUGGCAACUGACUCUGUUGAUCUUAGCCAUUGUGCCAAUCUUGGCAAUUUCAGGAGUGAUACAGAUGCGAGCGCUCACUGGUCAUGCCAACAAGGAUCGGGAGGAACUGGAAAAUGCUGGAAAAAUUGCUACAGAGGCAGUUGAAAACAUUCGAACUGUUGUAGCUCUAACAAGAGAGAAAAAAUUUGAACAAAUGUACAAAAGUAGCAUGGCUAUUCCAUACAGGUAACAGGAGACCAUUGG